ACUCCAUGGUUUUUAUGGAGAUCUCUUGAUACCGAAACUUCUUUCUUCUUUACGUGCUUCUCCUCUGAUCCUGUGGAGAUGAAAAUUGACAUCCAUAGUCAUAUUCUACCAAAAGAAUGGCCAGAUCUAAAAAAGAGAUUCGGCUAUGGAGGCUGGGUGCAGCUCCAACAUCACAGCAAGGGGGAAGCAAAGAUGCUGAAAGAUGGGAGGGUCUUCAGAGUGGUCCAAGAGAACUGCUGGGAUCCAGAAGUUCGUAUUAGAGAAAUGGACCAAACAGGGGUGACCGUGCAAGCUCUUUCCACAGUUCCUGUCAUGUUUAGUUACUGGGCCAAACCUCAGGACACUCUAGACCUGUGCCAGCUUUUAAACAAUGACCUAGCUGCCACCGUUGCAAAGCACCCCAGGAGGUUUGUGGGUCUGGGGACAUUGCCCAUGCAGGCCCCUGAGCUGGCCGUCAAGGAAAUGGAGCGCUGUGUGAAGGAGCUGGGUUUUCCAGGGGUCCAGAUUGGCUCCCACAUCAAUGAAUGGGACCUGAACGCGCAAGAACUCUUCCCCAUCUAUGCAGUGGCUGAAAAGUUGAACUGUUCCCUAUUUGUCCAUCCCUGGGACAUGCAGAUGGAUGGACGAAUGGCCAAAUACUGGCUCCCUUGGCUUGUAGGAAUGCCAGCAGAGACCACCACAGCCAUUUGCUCCAUGAUCAUGGGAGGAGUGUUUGAGAAAUUUCCUAAACUGAAAGUGUGUUUUGCACAUGGAGGUGGUGCCUUCCCUUUCACAGUAGGAAGAAUUUCCCAUGGAUUCAACAUGCGCCCAGAUCUGUGUGCCCAGGACAAUCCGACCAACCCAAAGAAAUACCUUGGUUCCUUUUACACAGACUCCUUGGUUCAUGAUCCUCUGGCACUUAAACUGUUAACAGAUGUCAUAGGAAAGGAUAAAGUCAUUUUGGGAACUGAUUACCCCUUUCCACUAGGGGAGCUGGAACCUGGAAAAUUAAUAGAGUCCAUAGAAGAAUUUGAUGCAGAAACAAAGGAUAGACUCAAAGCUGGCAAUGCCCUAGCAUUUUUGGGUCUUGAGAGAAAACAAUUUGAAUGACUUGCAUUUACUACAAACAUUCAAGAAGAUAUUUUAUUUUUGUUUUUAAAUAUGUAUCACACAUGCAUUACUAAAAUCUUAUUUUGAACUAUUUUAUCCAGAAAUAGGAUAUACACAAAUGUUCUAAAUUAUUCAUAACAAAAAUGAGUCACAGAAUUUGUUUUCAUUCUGAAAAACUAUAUUAUUUCAUGUGCAAAUCAAAAAUGAUUUUCCCUGCACUUUUUAAAUUAAUGGCAGAAAUAAAAACCAAAUGUCAUUCAUGAUUUAUAUGGAGAAAGACCAAAACCAUCCUGGAGGGCUGAAGUAGGUUCUCCACUUUGAGCAAGUAUAUGUGAAUGGGGCCCAAAUAACCUGUUUUCAUUCACUUUUAACACCUUCCAUUGGUCCACAACUGGACUGGGAAUGCUUUAGAGUCCAAAAAAAUAAGUGAUAUGUACACACACACACACACACAUAUAUAUAUACAUACAUAUAUAUACACAUAUAUACAUACAUACAUAUAUAUAAUAUAUCCCAUAAUCCCUAGAGAGUUUAUAGUCCAAUUAAAGAGGCAAGACACAUGUUCAUGGAAUAAUUACUACACAAUAUAUUAGGAGUUAUAGAAGUUUCAGUAAGAAAAAUUCACUUGGAUUCAAACUGGAGCAGAUCUGCAUAGAAGUUGGGCUGAGUCUCUAAGAAUAGAAAGGCUUGUUCAGAGUUGGAGGAUGGGAAAUAGACAAAGGGGCAAAACUAUAAGAACAGGGGUUUCAAACUGAAUGAGAACUUACCUAUUCUGGAAAACAGUUCCAGUCUAUAAUUUACCUUUACCAGAAGCUCUUUUAAUUUAAAAUACUGAGCAAAAUGUGUAAAGCUAGUUAUGGAGAUUGAGCAGAGUGAUACCAGGGUAGCCUUAUUCUACUUACUUCAUUUAUGGUGGUCUCAUCUGGGCUGCUGAAAAUGAACUUGGUCUUGGAGUGGUGAUGAACAUCUGUGGUUCAUGUACCUCUGGCUGAAUUCUAAAAACCAAAUAUAAUUUUUCAAAAUUA